CUAUUGGUGUACUAUACUUAAAUACUUAUGGAACUGUCAUAUCAAUUUUAACUUUUAAGUGAACUUUGGAAUUCUUUUAUCUAUUAAAAUUAGUAUUACUUUUGAACACUUCUAUAAACUGGUAUUUACCAAGUUUAUUUUUUAGUAAUAAAAUAGAAAAAUAUAUUAAAAUGAUCCAGUUUGGCGUUAUUGCAAGGAGCUUUUCUAGUUCUUCGGCAGUACAAAGUGCAAUUAAAAAUGUUACUGUUAUUGGAGGUGGUUUGAUGGGAUCUGGUAUUGCACAGGUAUCAGCUCAAGCUGGUCAAAAUGUGAUUCUAGUGGAUGUGAAUUCUGAUGUUUUGGCAAAGUCACAAAAGUCAAUUAGCAACAAUUUGGGCAGAGUAGCCAAAAAGAUUUACAAGGACAAUCCUCAAGAGGCAGAGAAGUUUGUCACAGAGUCAAUGGCCAGGAUCAAAACAGCCACAGAUCCCGUGAGUGCAAGUAAAAGUGCUGAUCUUGUAGUGGAGGCUAUCGUUGAGAACUUGGAUGUCAAACACCAACUGUUUAAGAAACUUGAUGAAGCCGCUCCGGACCACACCAUAUUAGCGUCCAACACCUCUUCACUCUCAAUUAAUGAAAUUUCAUCAGUUGUUAAGAGGAAAGACAAGUUCGGUGGUCUUCACUUCUUCAACCCAGUACCGGUAAUGCGUUUGCUGGAAGUAGUGAAAGCUUCAGAAACGUCCGAUGCUACGUACGAAGCCAUGAUGGCCUGGGGCAAGAGCGUCGGCAAGACUUGUAUCACUUGCAAGGAUACCCCCGGAUUUGUUGUGAACAGAUUGCUUGUACCGUACAUAGCUGAGGCUAUUCGAUUGUUUGAAAGGGGUGAUGCCUCAGCCCGUGACAUUGAUAUCGCCAUGAAGUUAGGGGCAGGCUAUCCCAUGGGACCUUUAGAGUUAGCCGACUAUGUCGGUCUUGACACCAACAAGUUUAUAUUAGACGGAUGGCACAAGAAGUACCCACAGGAAGCACUGUUCAACCCUAUUCCCUUACUCAAUAGGUUGGUAUCCGAGGGUAAGCUCGGAGUAAAGACUGGAGAAGGCUUCUACAAGUACGACAAGAAAUAAAUAAAAAGAUACCAUAUUGUAAGAGUAAUCAAAAUAAAUCAAAUAUAUUUAUAUACCUUUUAUAUAUAUUGUUUAUUAAAGUUUUUAUUUUUAAAA